UAUUUCCAGCUCCUGAAAUGGGCACGAAGGAUUCUUGGGAAAACCCUGUUUACCAAAUUGAUGAAGGCCACAUUUUACGGUCAAUUUGUAGCAGGGGAGGACCAGGAUGACAUCAGACCGACCAUAGAGAAGAACAUGAAGUUUGGCGUGAAAUCUAUUCUGGAUUACAGUGUGGAGAAGGAUUUGUCAUCUGAGGAAGCCAAGAAAGCAGAAAUGGAGAGUUGUACGUCCGACAUGCCAUCUGGCGAACUCCAAGAUCCUGAGAUCAAACGGUACCGGGCCCAUGAAGAGUUUGGUGACAGACGAGAGAAAGUGUUUGAGGCAAGAACCUAUUUCUAUAAAGAUGAAGCCGACUGCGAUGAGAACAUGAACAUCUUUCUCAAUUGUAUUGAUGCAGUCUCUGGUGCCACAGAUGGCUCAGGUUUUGCUGCUAUCAAGUUAACAGCCCUUGGCAGACCACAACUGUUGCUGCAAAUGUCCGAAGUUCUUGUGUCCACAAGAGCAAUGUUCGACAAGAUUGCCGGGACUGAUGUAGACAUCCUACUACGAAGCUUCAGUCAGAAGGAUCUUCGGAGAUCCCUUAAAGGAAUGGGGAUUCCGAUGAGUCGAGACGAGACCAAGAAAUGGUUCACCUUCUUGGACAGUGGUCAAGAUGGAGAGGUGGAUCUUCUGGACUGGGACAACCUCCUGGAAGUCAGUAUGAGUCUACACAAAGUCUUCAACAGAGUCAACGUUAAGACAGGUGAAGCAGAGUCCCUAAUCACUGCCCUUACUGAAGAGGAAGAGAACCAAAUGAAAAAUAUGUUAUACAGAAUCAACAAAAUUGCCAAGUACGCCAAACAACAGGGGGUGCGUGUAAUGAUAGACGCUGAACAAACAUACUUCCAGCCAGCCAUCAGUCGUCUGGCCAUGGAGAUUAUGCGGAAGUUUAACAAGGACCGGGCCGUCAUAUUUAACACGUACCAGUGUUACUUAAAGGCUACUCUAAACAACAUCAUAAUUGAUCUUGAUUUAAGCCGUAAAGAAGAUUUUUACUUCGGAGCUAAACUAGUCCGUGGAGCUUAUAUGGAACAGGAGCGGGAACGGGCCAAGACCCUUGGCUAUGACGACCCGAUAUGCGACAGUUUUGAACACACUACAGAGAACUACUACAACGUCCUGAACGAGGUGAUGAGGACAAUCCAGAAACGAGACCGAGGCAAAGUCAGUGUGAUGGUCGCCAGCCACAAUGAAGAGACAGUCAAAUACACAGUUGAGGCCAUGAAGGCUCAUGGCAUCAAACCAGCCGACAGACUCAUCUGUUUCGGACAAUUGCUUGGAAUGUGUGAUCAAGUCAGCUUCCCAAUGGGUCAAGCUGGCUACUCUGUCUACAAAUACGUGCCCUACGGUCCCGUGGAAGAUGUGAUCCCUUACCUGUCGCGAAGGGCCCAGGAGAACCGAGGGAUCUUAAAGAAGGUCAAGAAGGAGAAGCAGCUCCUGUUUAGCGAACUGAGGAAUCGCAUCCUGCGGGGAAAGUUCAUCUACCGACCAACACCGCCCGUCCCGCCAGCUUAAAGACACAGUGUCGGAGGUGGUAGUCAUGGUGGGCUAGGAGUUUACUGUAGUAGUAGUAGCAGUAGUUGUUGUUGUUGUGCCAAGUGAUGAUGGUGAUGGUGGUGGUGAUGGUGAUGUUGAGUUGCAGUGAGCAGAGAACGGCAGGGGGUAUUCGGUUGGAGGGGAGGGG